UAUAUAACGUGAAAAUUAGACAAUAACGUAGGAGUGAUCGAUCAAUGGGAAUCACGAUGUGGAUAAAUAGUUUAGGCGUCGGUCAACUUUUACGAAUGAAUAAGCUUGAAAAUGGCUAUCAUUUCCAAACUCAAACCAGGCCAAUGGUAGCCUAUAGCCCAAGGAUUGAGCGUGUAACCAAUGCCUCAUUAGCCUCCGAUAAAAUUAUUAGCAGCAAGAAUAAUGGCUCCCCAUUGGUCAUAGUCCCACCGCCUACCACUGCACCAUCGACACUUGGCCAUUACUUAGCCAGUCGACUCGUUGAAAUCGGUGUGUCUGAUAUCUUUUCAGUCCCAGGAGACUCUAAUCUGGUUUUGUUUGAUUACUUUGUGGCAGAAAAAGGGUUGAACCUUGUGGGGUGUUGCAACGAGCUUAAUGCUGGUUAUGCGGCCGAUGGUUAUGCUAGGAGCCGUGGUGUUGGAGCUUGCGCUGUGACAUUCACUGUUGGUAGCCUUAGUCUUAUCAAUGCUAUUGCAGGUGCUUACUCUGAGGAUCUUCCUGUGAUUUGUAUUGUGGGCGGACCAAACUCAAAUGAUUAUGGAAGUAAGAAGAUUCUUCAUCAUACAAUUGGGUUGCCGGAUUUCAGUCAAGAACUUCGAUGCUUUCAAAAUGUCACUUGUUAUCAGGCCAUUAUUGACAGUUUGGAAGAUGCACAGUGGCAAAUAGAUAAAGCAAUUUGCAAGUGUUUGGAAGAAAGCAAACCAGUUUACAUUAGCAUUUGUUGCAAUUUGGUGGCUAUUCCUCAUCCUUCUUUCUCUGCCCAACCACUCAUCCCCCUCUCACUUUCUCCCAAGCAAAGUAAUCAAAUGGGUUUAGAGAUGGCAGUGGAAAAAGCAGCUGACCUUCUAAAUACAGCCAUCAAGCCCGUAAUGAUCGGCGGAAAGAAGCUACGACCCGCCAAAGCCGAAGCAGCAUUCCUAGAGCUAGCCGACUCUUGUGGCUACGCCGUCGCGGUUACACCAUCGGCAAAAGGCAUGUUCCCGGAGAACCACCCACAUUUCAUCGGAACUUACUGGGGAACAGUGAGCACCGCCUUCUGCGGGGAGACGGUGGAAAUAGCGGACGCCUCAAUUUUCGUGGGAGCCAAUUUAGACGAACUGGAAACAGUCGGCUACUCACUUGCCUACAAAAAGAACAAAGCCAUAAUCGUAAAACCAGAUAGCGUUGUGUUUCCAAACGGGGAGAGUUAUGGGGCGGUUCAAAUGAAAGAUUUUCUUUGGGCUUUGGGUAAACGGUUGAAGCCCAAUUCGAGGGCGUAUGAGAAUUAUCGCCGGAUUUACAUAGCGGAGUCGAGUCCACCGGAAUCGGAGGCGGGGGAGGAAUUGCGAGUAAACGUUCUUUUCAAACAUAUUCAAAAAAUGUUGAGCAGCAACAUGACUGUGAUAGCGGAGACUGGUGACUCUUGGUUUCAUUCUCAAAAACUUAAACUACCAAAAUCAUGCGGGUAUGAGGUACAAUUGUUGUAUGCAUCAAUUGGAUGGUCUUUGGGAGCAACUUUAGGAUAUGCACAAGCUGCUCCACACAAGCGUUUACUUCUUUGUAUUGGUGAUGGAAGUUUUCAGAUGGCUCCACAAGAUGUGUCUACAAUGUUAAAAUUGGGACAAAAAAAUAUUAUAUUUUUGAUAAAUAAUGGGGGAUACACAAUUGAAGUAGAAAUCCACGAUGGUCCGUACAAUAUUAUCAAUAAUUGGGAUUACACUGCAUUUGUUGACGCUGUAAACAAUCAUCAAAGCAAUUGUUGGACUACAAAGGUUCAUACGGAGGAAGAGUUAGUAAAUGCAAUUGAAAUAGCAAUGAAAGAUCGAAAUGAUUGUUUGUGUUUCAUAGAGGUCAUUGCUCAUAGAGAUGAUACAAGUAAAGAGUUACUUGAGUUUGGAAGCAGGAUUGCAGCUAUGGGUAGUCAUCCUCCAAAGCUUUUGAAAAAUUGAUUUAACAGCAUAGUUCAACUGCCUUAUGGUAAAUAUAGUGCAAUAUUAGUAAGAUCAAGAGGUUUUUAUGGUCCUUUAUAUUGAUUAUAUUUUUUAUAAAAAAAUGUUGGAAAUGUGUGCAAAUUUAUGUAAGAAUUUCAUCAAUAUUUUGGCCUUUCUUUUUAAAAUUAGGAGAUAAACUAAGACCAAAUAAUAUAAUAUUGAGCAAGAGAAGAACCUUUUGUAAUAUCCACAUUUCUCUGUUAUAUUUGUUAUAUAUAUUUGGGCUCUUGAUUCUUGUAGCUACGAUUUGUCACUUAAGUUUCUAACAUUAAACAACUUUACCUAUUUAAUAAUUUGUCUCAACUUACUUAUCAUGGUUUAAAUUCACUUAUUUGAAAUAUUAAACUUUAUCAAAGUAUGGUUUCGUUGAACACCUCAAGUUUUAAUAAAGAUAGUUUUACUCUUAAGACCAGGAAAAAAAAUUGUAUCUUCUCGAUUCUCUUUGUGCUUCUUGAUGGAGUGUCAUUCCACGACAAACAAAAAACUAUAUGGACGAGCUCAAUAUGAUUUAGAGAUUAUGAAAUUAUUUGUUAAAAAGUUGGUUUGAUAAUAUAUAAUUGUGUUGAAUGUUUGGUAGUAUCUUAAAUUUGUCCAAGAGGUACGUGUGAAUUUGUCACUUGAGUUUAAUGAUUAUGAUACUCUUAAUUUUAGAAAAGUGUAUGUGAGGAGUCUCUAUUUUGGGUUCUAUAUAUAUGGUUCUUAUUAAUAAAUUUUUUGAAAGAGCUAGGGUAGAGGAGAUAAUGUUACUAAGCAAAGACCAACCGUGAGGGAUUUUGUGUUAGAAUUGACAGAUGGAGUAGUGAGAGAGAUUCUGCCUAAGAUUAGCUAGUUGGUAAAUAAAGUUUAGGGUCAAAUAUAUCAUUUUGCAUAAGAUUGACAUUGCUAGUUGGUCUCUUUCCUCCCUUUAAUCUGGAAUUUCUCUCCUUCUGACCAAUAUAUACUGUAUUAAACGGGGACUUCUGCUCAAUUCUAUAUUGAAGUCUCUAUGUUGAAUUAAGCUAUGUGUUAUAUUGGUUAUCAUGCUCUGAUCUAGCUGCUCAUUUGUUAUCAUUGUUUGAUUUGCCGGAUGUUGUUAGCUCAAAAACCUAUGUUCUUACCAAUGAGUAUAUGAUUUAUAUGUUUCUAUUGUGUUCUUUCCUUGAGCUUUAACUUGUUGUAGGGGCAAGAUGGCGAAGGUCUAGUCCCCAACCUUUUCCAAGAAUUUAAUGAUGUUAUUGGUUUGAGAUAAUUGUUGUUAUUGGACAUUGUUUACGACAUUUGGUUGUUAUGGUUUUUAACUGAACUGCGAUAUCUUGUCCUAAAAUGUAAUUGCUAAAGGUCGACGAAAGCUUGUUAAAGAUUAGGGGUUAGGCUAUAUUUGUUUAAGAUUGCCUGGCUUUAGUCUUUGGAGUUGCUUUCCUAGUUGUCUAAAAAAAAUAUCCUACAAGAUGUCUUCAAUGCUAAUCAGCAAAUUAAUUUAUUCCUUGCAUGAAAAA